GGGCGGACGUUCCCUUGAGUCGCCAGUUUUUGUUUUUUAUUUGGGUUUACGUUAAGUGCUGUGGGACAAAAAUUGGAAUUGAACCAAAGGAAGCUCCAUGCGCAGGCCCUUGGAGUGAGACCAUGGACAAGAGGAAAGAUUCAGGCAAGCAUCUGGACCCCCCUGCUGUUUUCCAGACCACAAGGCCAACUGGAUUUAGAGAAUUGAUCCCACCUUCACAUUUCCAGAGCCAAUCAGCACCACCUCCAACAGUGUCUACUACUGGGCUCUUGGGGGCCACAGCUUACCCUAACUGGGAGGAGGUUGCUGAACUCCGACGUGAGAAUUUGCAUUUGAAAGACGAACUCCAAAGAUGGAAUACAAAAAUAGAUACGACAGAAGACCCAAAAGAUAAAACCAGGUCCUUGAAUAGAUUGUCUGAGCCUUCAAAUGUGACCCUGGCAAUGUCUCAACAGGCUGAAAUCAUCUCCCAUCAGCUCCACGAGAUCCAGCGCUUGGAGUCAGAAGUUAGCGCCUUUCGAGUUUCCUCCGCCCAACAGGAGGCCACCAUAGCUGCUCAGGAAAGUACCCUGUCCAAUCUCCAAGGAGAACUAACUUUCCUCAAAGCCCAGAACCUUACUGAAGUUGCUAUCCUGAAGACCGAACUGGAAGAAGUCAGGAAAAGCAGCCAGCAAGAGAAAGAGGCCCUGAGGAAUGAAUUAGAAGAGCUCAGGAAGCAAAGUCAGUUAAAAGCAGAUUCCCUGAGGGAGGAACUGGAGUCGGCUAAAGAAAGGAGCAACCAUGAAAUCACCAUGGCACACGGAGAGCUGCAGCAGAUGAGGGAAGAGCGAGAGGUGGAGCGGAGGAGGCAGGAGGCCAUGGUUCAAGAAUGCCAACAGUUAGUGCUGAAAGAUUACCAAACACAGUUGGAUAAGCUGUCUGAAGCCUACGAAGCUGAAGCGACUUCCUUGAAGCGUCAGAUAUGCGCAUUCCAGCAGGAUUUGGAAGUUCAGCGAAAGGAAGCCAGCCAGUUAAGGGAGAAAAGAGAUACACUCCAGAACCAACUCAGCGUGACUGAGGCAGAACUGGCUUCCCAGAAUGCUUUGGUGCUGCAGUUUAAGACCUACGUGGGGGAGCAAAAGUCAAGUAAACCUGGUUUUGAACAGGAGCGGCUGAUAAAUCGAAUACAGCAACUUGAGGAUGAGAAGGAGGCUCUGAAAAUGACAGCUGAACUUCUGCAAGUUCGGGUGGCUUCGUUAGGCGAUAUCUUGAGUCUGCAGGAGACCGAGCUUGAUAAAAAGGUGCAUCUCCAGGACCCAUUCCAGUCUGAGUCAUCUCAAAAACUUCAGUGCCUGCUGACCAGAUGGCGGGAGAAAGUAUUUUCUCUCCUGGUGCAGCUGAAGUCUCAGGAGCUGAGCCAUAGGGAUGAUACUAAAGUUUUGGAGAAGAAGGUGAAAGAACUGGAGGAAGAAGUGGCAUCUAGAGAACAGAAAGCCGCGCUGUUGCUACACAGUCUUGAGGACAAAACUGCUGAAGCUGAUAUGGAAAGAGUAAGAAACAAGACUCUGCAAGCAGAGAUGAUGCGCUCCAACGAACAAAUGCAUGGUUUUCAACAGAAGGCAGAGGCUGGUGAAAAAGCCCUUCGGGAAUUGGCUGACUUUGUCAGCAGGCUGAAGCAGCAGCUGAUGGGGCAAGAAGAGAGAUGGAAGGCAGCUUUGUUACGGCUUCUGGGCCUGGGAAAUAGGGUCAGUUUUGCAACUAAGAGAGUUGAUACCAUCCAAGGGCUGGUAUGUCGGAAAAUAGCACUGGCAAAACUACAGCAAGAAGAAAAACACGUUGCAGGGACAAACCAAGAGAUUCAGCCAUCGUAUGAAGAUCUACAAGCUGAGUUACACAUGUUGCAUGAAGAACGAGACCGACUCUCUGCAGAGCUUAAACAUGGGGCUCAACUGAUAGAGAAGAAGGUGGCUGAAGCAAGAGAGAGAGUGGAGACUGAUCUGAGCAAAAUGAGGGGAACAUUGCAGAGCCUGGAGGAGACACUAGAGGCAAAGACAGUGGUAGAACGGGAACUGAGGCAACAGUUGGAGGCUACAGAAAAGCAACUGGAAACAACCAACCGUGAGCUCCAGAGGAAUGCCGGAGCUGCAGAUAGUUUGCGACAGGAGGUGGGACAAUUAAGAGGAGAGUAUGAGAGAGCCCUGCAGGAAAAGGUAACAGAAGUUGAAACGCAACUGCGGAAGGAUCUCUCAGAAAUGGAAAAAGCACUUAAUACAGCACGGAGAGAACACGCCAAAGCAGUGGUUGCCCUACGGCAAGCUGAGCGGCAGGCAGCCAGAGACAAAGCAAGGAGUGAGGAACUGGCAACAAUUCAGGAGUCUGCAACACAACAGGAAAUGGCCCGUCUGGAAGGACGUCUGAAAGAGCUUGAGAGGGACAAAAACGUGUUAAUGGCCACCUUGAGGCAAGAAGGGCUAUUAGCCCAGUAUCGAAAGAAUCGGCAGUCAGCAGUCCCAGCUAAGUCAAUUGGAAAGACAGGAACUAGUCCUCUAUCUAAAGAAUCCCUAUUUGCUGUGUUGGAUGACUUACAAACUCUGGGUGCUGCUAUCUUGGAGGAGGAAAAGCCUGACAAAAAUUCAAGCACCAUUAUGGACCCUUAAAAAUACAGUGGGGAAAAUAUUGGAGAAGCAAGGAUGAGAGAGCAGAUAUUUGUAAUAAAACAAUGUAAAUAAAUUUAUUUUAUUAUUAU